UGUGUGCUUGGGUGUGUAGGUGUACUGAGUGUAAUUGUAUUUAACGUACCAGUAAGAAGAGUGAACGAAGCUUUUUGAAACGUAGACGAAAGAAAAUGAAGACUGGGCUGGGGUCAGGUUGUGUGUGUGUGUGUGCGUGUAUGUGUGUGUGUGUGUAUGUGUGUGUGUGUACGUGUAUGUGUGUGUGUGCGUGUGUGCGUGUGUUAGUGUGUGUGUGGCUCCGUGUUGCUCUGUGUGUGUGUGAUUCCCUCCUCCCACUCUAUCUUUCUCUCUUUCCCCUCGCACACACGCUCAUUCCCCUCCUCCUCUCUCUGCCUCUCUUCUACUCUCUCUUUCAUCCCUUCUUUACCACAAUAGGUGAGUACGUGUUUCCUCAUCUUACUCCCCCCCUCCCCUUCCUCUCCCCCAUCUCCCCCAUCACCGCAAACUUUCCUCCCUUCCCCCCAUCCUCCCCCCUCCCCCCAACACUUCUCGGUGCGGUAAGAAGUGCGACAAAAAGUAAAGCUUCAUAGCAAAGGCGAAGCUCCGAGGAAGUGCUUCAAACGACACACAGCCCCUCGAGACAGUGAAAUGGAGCAGUGAUACAAUUAUUCAGUGAUGGUGACUUAGAAGUACGAGGGAAAACAUGAGAAAAUACCGUGCAAUGCUUGUACAGUGUAUGGAUAAUGUAUUAGAGAUGUAUGAAGUCUUGUAUUAGGACGAGGUGAGUGUGUUAAUAUUCACUGAAGAAGUUUCGGGUGUGAAUCGAAACUGGAAAAUCGAACCUUUAAACACAACGAGCUUUAGGAAGUUAACGAUUAUUUGGGACUACAAGAAUGUGCAUGGAAGUGACGCGCUGGUAGAAAAUGAAUAAUUACAUACUGAACAAAUACUGAAACAAAAGGCCAACAGUGAAAUACAGUGAAGAGAGAAAUAAUGAGCUCUGUAAUUGUAGUUUUGUGAAUAAAGGUUGAUAUUAGAACAGAGAGAGAGAGAGAGAGAGAGAGAGAGAGAGAGAGAGAGAGAGAGAGAGAUCCUAAAUGCGAAAUAUCUGUGAUAACUGAGGAAAGAAAGGAAAUAAGAAUAACUGUGAAAUUAAUUGAAUUCCCGAGCCAAACAAGUAAAGAGGAAGCAGCGGAAGCAAGAAUAAGUGGGUGAAAUUAAACUAAUCCUAAACCAAAACGAGUGUGAGGGAAUAGAAAAAAAAAAAAAAAGAAAAAGAGAACGCCGGUGAAAUUAAUCUUGAAUCAAAACAAGUAUAAAUGGAACAGAAAUUUUGAAAGCAACAGUAACAAAAUCAAGCCAAAACCAAAGCAAGUGUAGGGGAAGCAAAUGAACGGAGAAAGGAGGCAUACGGUGAAAAUAAUAAACAAAACUCAGGAAAAAAAAAAUGAAUAUAAGAGAAUAAAAGGCAACAGAUGAAUAACACUGAGAAACUGAAUAAAUCUGGAACCAAACCACUGCAAGAGAAAUUAAAUUAACCCCGGAACCGAGCAAGCGAAAGGAGAUAAAAAAAAAAGAAAAUUAAUUAAAUUAUUCUAGAACCCAAACAGUUGUAGAUUAAUUUAAAUCAAGCAAGAGAAAGGAAAUAAAGAAGAAAAUAAAUCACUGAGACUGAAUGAAUUAAAAGGAGUGCAAGGCAAGGGGAGAAAAAAAAAAGAAUAAAUCAGUAAAACUAAAUGACCCUGGAACCAAAACAGCUGUAAGGGAAAUAAAAUAAAUCUGCGAACCAAGCGAGCGGAAAAGAAUGAAGAGGAGAGUUAAUCGCUGAGACUGAAUGAAUUAAAAUGAGUGCAAGGGAAGGGAAGAGGAGGGAAGGGAAGGGAAGCGAUCAGUGAAUCACGGCCCUGUUCUGUACUGAGUGACGCAGGUGAGGUUCAGGUGAGUCACGGCAGCUGCUAACGAGUACAGGAGACCCACCACCUGACUCACCUCCGCCAUCUAAAGAGCAGGUGACUCACACGUGACCUAAACUAUAGUGCGGGGAAAGAAAUUAAGAGAAAAUUCGUGUAAUUAAUUCCUUGAAAACUGGAUGCGGAAGUUGAGGGAAGAGAAGAAUUUGUUGACUCAUGUACUACUAAGAAUGUACAGACUUGAUGGAGUCUUGUGAAAUACAUGAAAGUUAUAACAGAAGCGUGUAUUGGUGUAAAAGGAGCAUGUAUGAUUGAGUCCUGGGAAACUGGAUGCGACAGAAGUUAGAAGUAAAGAAAUAAAUGUCACUUACUCGUCUACCAAGAAAACAUGAAUUGAAAAAAAAAAAAAAAAUACAGAAACUUAAAUGAAACAGAAGUAUAAAAGACGACAUUGAAUAGAUUCUGAGAAAAAUCUGGAACAACAAGAAGUAGAGGAAGAAAACGCCAUAAUAUCAAUUCAUGUACUUAUCGGAAGAAAACAAACUUAAAGACAAUAAAGAGAGAAACUUGCCAAACGUAAUAUAUGGAAAAGUUGUAAUAAAAAUUUGAAAUACAAAAACUUAGUAUAUAAACUUAGAAUAAAACCAGAGGAAAACUCGGAAAAAAAAUACGAUACAGAAAAAAAAAACGCUUGAAAAAAAUACCAAAUAGAAAGAAAAAUGAAAAAGGAAGUAAAAAAUAUCACUGAAGAUAUAAACUUAAAAUAAAAAUAAAGCAGCAUAAAAAAAUAAACUUACCUGAUAUAAUAAUGAAUAAAUAAACAAAUAAAUAAAUAACACUCGAAACAUACUUAAUAAACACAUCAAAACCCAAAACAAACACGUAACAGAAGCGCACACACUCAUCCAAUGCGUCAAGGCAACACACAAGGCAGCCUCUCCCUCAGCAACAACCAAAACGGGUAGCAAUCAACCUAAUCAUCGACCCCCUACCUGCCUGCCUGCCCGCACUGCCCGCCCAGGUGAGUGACAAUCAAUACGCCUCCCUCACAAUCAACCAUGAGAACCACCGAGACAUGAGGGAAGCUUACAAUCAACGCACGCGACUCACAAUCCACGCAAGCCUCUCACACGCCAUCACCGCCACUCCUCUUCCUUCCACGUGACUCGUAACUUGUGACUCAGAAGUAAAAGGAGGAAGGAAAAGGACAAUCACGUAAUUUUUCUUCCUGAUCCAUUGGUAAGUGAAGAGGAAGGAAAAGGAUAAUCACAGAGUUUGUCUUCCUGAUCCAUUGGUAACAAGUAGUGAAGAAGUAAAGGACAAUCACGCAACUUGUCUUCCCUAUCCAUUGGUAACAAGUGAUACAUUUUUAAGAGGAUAAGUGAUAUUGGAUUUUAGAAUACGUGCAUCUUUUUUGCUUCUUUCCUGUUCCGUGGUGAGUUCGAGACAGGUGACGAAACGGUGUAGUAUUUGAAACAGCCAAGUGAGUCAAAAUACGUCCAAAAAAAUUAAAACAAUUCACGUAAUCCGCCAAAUAAAUGAAGACGCAUCACGAUAAUUCAAUGAAAAAAAAGUAACCCAACUUCUUAAAAAAAAAAAAAAAAAAAAGAGAGGGAAUGGAAAGCAAAUUUAUCUAAACCUCCUCGAAGUGAAAUAACGCAACUAAAAAUGAGCCAAAUCAGCCAAAAGGAUAAAUCAAAUAGCCUAACUUUUUUGAAGAAGGAAAUAAAGUAAAUAAAACCUCGACAAAGCAAACCGUGUGCUUUAAAAAAAAAAAGAAAAGAGAAAAGAGAAAUCGAACGUAACAAAGCACACCCAAUUAGAAAAAAAAAAAAAAAUAAUAAAUAAAAGACAAAUAAAGUGACAGAACAUUUCAAACAACAAACACAAAGCCAAAAACACAUCAUCUAAGCAAACCGGGACCAAGGCUUCACCAAUCACAGAAGCUUCGAAACACCCGAAGGCAACGCGAAACACAAGAUAAGCCACCACCAAUCCACCGCGUGACUCAAUCCACCUCAGCGUGACUUCACCAAACUCUGCCAAAUCCCUCCCUCUCCUUCUCACUCCUUCUCCACCCCCCUCUCCCUCUCUCUCUCUCUCUCUCGCCCCAACCACCAGAAAGUCUCACCGUCACUAAUCGAUGCAGCUUGAAGGUCAGACUAUAAACUAGACAAAGCUUAAGAUCAUUUGUUUAUCUCUUCAUCAAGCUUGUAAGAUAAGAAGGAAAAGCAAAGAUAAAUAGAGGAAUAAAUACAAAAAAAGAAAGGUUUGAUUCUUUCACGUGGCUUUUAGGAGGAAAAGAAAAAAAGGAAAAGAAAGGAAUACUGGAAAUACAGAAGACACUAAAGAGGUAACCCAAGAAGAAAACAGGAGGAAAAACCUGGAGAGAAGGAAGAAAAUUGGACAGACAGAAGCAGGGGAGAGAGAAAAGGGUAAAAGGGAAGCAGGGUACGAAAAGAUAAGUUGAGUUUAGAAAAGGAAGUUUUGUUUUCAUCUGUCACACUUCACGUCAUGGCCAGACACUCUUACGGUCGCGCCAGGGCCAGUCGUGCGCAGCUGACGAAGGCGUGGAAGGCAAUCUUCUGGGGCCUCAUCUUCUUCGGGAUCACCAGCUACGCCAUCAUUACUUCGUCAGGCAGCAUUCUACAGUGGCUGGCGCAGAAGGGGAAUGAAGAUGACGAAGAUGAUGGGCAGGUUGGUGCGGGCAACAGGACAUGGGCGGACCUGCAGGAGCGGCGGGUGGAGCGACUGCGGAGGGGAUGCGAGACUUUGGGGCUGGAGCAGACGAUGAGCAAGAUUGUGAUGAAGCAUUUGCUGGUGGACCUUACUCAUAACGUGCUCUUCUGCUACGUACCCAAGGUGGCCAGCACGUCGUGGAAGAGGCUCUGGUUCCUAAUGGUGAGGGCGGCGAAGCGAGACGAGAUCAUGUCCCUGCCGCGGGCGUACGUUCACGGGCCCACGCUCUCCACCCUCGGCAAUGACAAGUUCUCAGAUGAUGCAAGGGAGACAAUGUUGGGGACUUUUAAGAAGAUUCUGUUCACUCGUAACCCUCUGGAGCGCGUCGUGUCUGCCUACAGGGACAAGCUGGAGACUGAGGACGUAGAAAGCUCCUAUGAUUUCCACAAACACAUUGGCAGGGAGGUGGAGAGGAUGGCGAGGGGCAAGGUGACAAGUGGGGGACACGACGUAACCUUCAAGGAGUUUGUGGAGUUCCUGGUGACGCCCAUGAAUGGCACCACGUGGACGGAGGGGCAGAGGAACGAACACUGGCGCCCCACGGUGGAUCUGUGUGCCCCCUGCCUCAUCCAGUACGACGCUAUAGGAAGAUACGAGAACUUGGAGAAGGAGGGGCGUGAGGCUCUGGAGUGGAUGGGCGCGGGGAAAUACGCUGACGAUUUCCCACCACCCGCCAGCAACGCCCACACUUCGCGUCAGACGGCCCUAGAUUACCUCCGCCGCCUCCCUGUCACUCAUCGCCUCAAUUUCUACAAGACAUUCCUUCUCGACUAUCUUCUCUUCGGCUACCAGAUCCCCUGAAAACCUUACUCUCGUUUUCUUUUCCUCGUUUUCUUUCAGGUCUGUGUGUUGUUUUGUUACGGUUCUCUCUCUCUUUCCUUUUCUUGCCGGAUCUAUUGAAUAUUUCUUUUUACCCUCGUUUUCUUCUUUUCCUUCUUCAGGCCUGGGGUGUUAUUUUGUUUCAGUUAUUAUUAUUUUUUGUUAUUUUCUUACUCCUUUCUUUUUAAACCUCUUCUCCUUUUCUUCUCUAGCUACUUUGCUUAUCCUUUUUUUUUUUCUUUCCUUGUCUUACCCCCUUUUCUUCUACUCAUCUUUCUCCUUUCUCUUCCACCAUCGCUAUUUUGCUACAGUUCUCUCUCUUUCCCCUUUCUCACUCAUUUUUUUUCUAUUUCUCUCUCUCUCUCUCUCUCUCUCUCUCUCUCUCUCUCUCUCUCUCUCUCUCUCUCUCUCUCUCUCUCUCUCUUUUUCUGCUUUUCUUUAGUUCAACACAGAUAUCCUCCCCUUGCUAUUUUUUUUUUCUGCAGUUAUCUGUCUUUUCCUUCUCUUACUCCAUUCUUUCUACUCCUCUUUCCCUCUUCCUCUUUUUCUUCUCUAGUUACUUUGCUGUAGUUAUUUUUAUCUUUAUUUUUCUUACAUUUUUUUUUCUAUUCGUCUUUUUGUUUUUCUGUUUCUUCUCCAGCCUAACAAAGUGGUCCUGUUCUCUUUUUGCCAAUCUGGAUUAGAGUGUUUUGCGAUCUUGGUGUUACGUCAAGAAGAAGAAGAAGGAGAGAGAGAGAGAGAGAGAGAGAGAGAGAGAGAGAGAGAGAGAGAGAGAGAGAGAGAGAGAGGACUAGAAAGGGUACGUGAUAGAAAUGUGUCAUCAUAAAGUCGAAAAGAAAGGAAAAAAGUAUUUUGGCUCUAAAAAAAAAAAAAAAGGGAAGAGAAAGUGUUAUGGUGUGAAAAAAAAAGAGGAGGAAAAAGUUGAGGAGUUAAUAACAAAAAAAGGAAAAAAGUGAACAAAAAAAGGAAAAGAUGAAAUAGCGCCAGAAAGAGAGGAAAAGAGGAAAAUGCAAUACUGGAAAAAAAAUAGAAAAGAUGGUGUUAUGACGGUAAAGAAAAAGAAUUGUUAUAUGCUGCCAAAGAAAAAAAAAAAGAAAAUAAAUAAAUGACGCAAAAAAAGUAUACAGGUAAAAAAAAGUGUCAUGGCGCCUAAAAUAAGAAAAAAAAGGUUAUUCGAUUGUAUUAUUGUGGGGUCCGUUAAAAAAAAAAAAAAGGAAGAGAGAAGGACGAAAAAAAAAAAAAAAUAGAUGCUAUUUAAUUCGUGUGACGACGGUCCCCAUCAAAAGAAGAAGAAAAAAAAAAAGAAAGAAAAAGAAAAGUUUGGAAAAAGAAAGGUUUGCUUCAUUUAUGUGGCAAAAAAGUAAAACACAGGACUAUAUUAUUAUCAUGACGCCAAAAAAGAAAAAAAAAAAAAGAAAAAAAAAAGCGAUAGGACUUAAUAAUGUGCUACCAGAAAGAGAGGGGAAAAAUAGCUUACAUUCUUAUACCUAUUGUGUCAGAAAAGAGAGAGAGAAAAAAAAAGAAUCAUCAUUGGACUGUUGUUGUUGUGACGCUAUAAAAAAAAAAUGACAAAGAAAGGUAUAGGACCUGAUUUGCUGCAACGCCAGAAGAAAACAAAUGAAAAUGAACGACUCAAGUCUAAACGUGAAAUAUAUAAACGACUGAAUCUUUGUUAUUUACGUUUUCACUUCGAUCGUCUAUUUUUUAAAUUUUUUUACACAAGUUUCAGUGUUGUCGCAUUUAUUGUUAUGGGAAUACGAUUUUUUUUUUCACUCAUAAUGAGCUCUCUCUCUCUCUCUCUCUCUCUCUCUCUCUCUCUCUCUCUCUCUCUCUCUCUCUCUCUCUCUCUCUAAAGAUUUUCACUUAUUAAUGUUUUUCUCUUACAUGAGUUUGAUGAGAUAUUCCGCUAUUCAUUUAUUUAUUUUUUUUUUUGAGAAUUUUUAGUUUCUUUAUUUAUUCAUUUCAUUCUUCAAGCUAGUAAUUCAAAUAUUUUUGUUAAUUUACCUCUUUCGUUUUUCAGUAUAUUCUUUUUUUCUUUCCUUUGUUUUCAUUAUUGAUGACGAGAUGUUUCUUUUCUUCCCUCCUCUUCCAGCCAUGUUAUUUUGCUCCGUUUUCUUCGUUCCUUCACUUUACUUUAGUCACCCAAGACACGACUAAAUUCAUGCUAGUUUUCUUUGUUGCAGCUUGGCAGUGUGUGACUUUUUUAUUCUCUCUCUCUCUCUCUCUCUCUCUCUCUCUCUCUCUCUCUCUCUCUCUCUCUCUCUCUCUCUCUCUCUCUCUCUC